AUGGCGGAGAAUAAUGUCGACCCGGAGUCCGGAUGGAUCGAGCGGGCCUUCGACUCGACGGAGGACACUUUGGUGGCCAUGGAAAACCUGCUGGCCACUCUACGAGCCUUUGAGGACGUGCUCAGGCAGCAGGACGUCUCCAUAGCCUCGUCCGCGGAGUAUUGUGACAACUUCUGUCAGGCACUGAUGCACUACGCUGGCAGCAGAAACUCCAUGGACCAUGGACUGCCUCUUCUGGAGGUGUACUGUCUCUCCAUCAACUGCUUUGCCUCAGCCAGGUCUUAUCUCACUGCAGAGUCUGAGAAAGUGGGCCUUAUCUUGAAAAGAUUGGCAUUGAGCUGCUUUGAACUGUUUCUGUCAGUCCCUGAACACGAGAUCCCAUAUGAAGCGUGGCUUCAGUUCCACCAGUCCGUUCAGCUUGCUCACAGUAUGCUGUUGGACUAUGGCAGCACAGAUCUACUGGCUCUGGUGCAGCUCACAGGAGAAGGAGGGGCCUGGAGUAACCCUGUCCUUACAUCACUGCUCACAGGACAGCCCACCAGCCCCGACGAAGUGGAAGCAUACAUUUGCUUGGAAGGGGAAGACUUUAUGGAAAUGCGAGUCAAACACUUGGAGAAGAUGGGUGAAGUGGCAAAAGCGGUGGUUCUUGCCAAAGCAUGUGCCGAAUGCAACUUUAUUUCAAACAAAUGUACUUUUCGUCAAACAUAUGUGUCGCUACUAUGCCACCUUCUGCCCAGCGAGGAAGCUUUAUCAGAGAUCUCCAGGCUCGAUUGCAAGGACGUAAUGGAGAUAACGUGUAACAUGGAGACGGACGGAGAUGAGAACACAGCAUUCAUAUUGUGUACAACUUUUCUCACACAGCAGCUACAGCAGCAGAGUCUCUACUGCUCCUGGGAGUUGAUUCUCAUGUGGAGUAAGCUUCAAAGAAAGCUUGAUCCUGCAUUGCUCUCAUUUCUGGAAAGAUGCCUUCAACUCGGUGCCAUUGCCAAAACAGUACAUCAUUUACUAUACCUGGUCAGAGUUAUUCAAACAGAGGUGGAGGAUCUGGGUGUAGCACCAUCCGUUGAACUGUGUGUGAAAGCGCUCCAAUUGCCAAAGCAGGACGAUUCCGACAUGCAGAUCUCAGUCUGUAAAACGGUGUCCUGCCUUCUCUCAGAGGACUUGGAAGUUUGUAAGAGGUCCAUCACUGACGCCCAACUCGCCCACCAUUCUAAAAGACACUCUCAAGAGCAUUUGCAUCCUUGUCCCAUCUGCCUGGAGAGGUUCAGGAGCAGAACGCAGCUGAUCCCACAUUUGAGCGACCACGUCAACGCGCCUAUGGUUUCUUUGAAUGAACCCAGUUUGAAAGCACAGAAAGGGGACGAGGAGGAGAGGCAGAGUGAGGAAGAAGAGGAGACCGAGCCUGGGGAGAUCCCUGUGGACCCCUCUUUAAUGAUGUACUACAAAUCUACACACGACCCCGACGUGUUGGAGCACAUAGUACAACAAGUGAACAACCCAAAGAAGCCUGCGGACAGCGACGAACACGUAACGUUUGAUUACAUUUUCAGACACUACACGCUGCAAAACCGAGACGAGUACCCAUGCCCCGGAACUAAGUGCCCGAAGGUUUUUAAACACGCAAAGUACCUGAAUGUCCACCUGAAAUCCGAACACAGGGGCGACGAGAAUGUCAAGUAUUUCCAGAAGAUGAAAGAUAAGCGAGAAAAGUGUGUCUUCUGCAGGAAACAUUUGAUGUCCUCCUACUACGAUCGCAGACACAGCAAAACUCACACCGGAGACUUUCCCUACACGUGUCUGGUUAUGGGGUGCGGAGGGCAGUUCGCGACUCCAGGUGAGCUCCUCUUGCACAAACAGACGCACGGCUAUCAGCUGAGCUACCAGUGCGAGCUCAAGGGCUGCUACGUCACGUUCUCGGAUCUUGGGCAGCUAUACCAUCAUGAAGCACAGCACUUCCGAGACGCGGCGUUCACUUGUACUGCCCCAAAAUGUAAAAAGUUCUAUUUCUCUAAGGCUGCGUUCAGCCAACAUUUAGCUACGCAUGGCAUCCACUUCUCAGAGCGAGACUUCGAAGAACAGAGGAAAGCCAAAAGAGUACGGUUUAAAGCCUCUACAAUUAAUGUGUUGGACAAUCAUCACAUUAAGUCUGAUUGCAGUCCGCCCCAAGAAGGAGACCUCGGCACAUCCGGCAGAACCUCCCCAAUGGAGCCCACAAAAAAGGUGGAGGCCAAAACAACUCUGGUUGCUGUGUGUUUCGACGGGAGCAAAUUCACGUGCGGAUUCGAGAAAUGCGGCAUGACUUUCUCCAGAGCCCGUGAUGUGCAGAGACAUUUGAAAUGCGCCCAUCCAGAGCACCUGAAAAUGGAAAACAAAGAGCAUAAACGCAGCAGGGAUCGAGAUCGAGGCUUCUCAUCCAAGAAAGUGAAAGAUGAGAAAAGGGACAGCGGUAUUAAAGGGCAGGAAGAACCCAAAUUGCUUUGCCUGUCCAGCAAGAUUAGGAAAGAAAAGAAAACCACUGAUUCCAGUUCUGCUUUGAAAGAAAUCAUAAAUAGGCUUUGUAAGCUUGACCUAAACUGCGCUUCCACUCUGAGUGAACCCCCAGAGCUCACUCCAGAAACCCCAAUUGAAUUAAAGCCAGUUUUUGAAAAGAAACCUGACGUUGACAAAGAAAGAGAUGCUAAACGCACACAGGACAAAGGCAAACCCAGACCAUUUGCAUGUAACCUGUGUACUUACAGAGCCACAAAAAAAUGCAACUUGGACCGUCACUACGACGGUCAGCAUCAAAGUGACCAUGUCAUUGAUGCGGUUUCCAUUGAGGAGGUGGAACCCCCUCCAGCCAAGGCAACCCGUUCAAGUCAAAAAAGUAUGGAGCAAAACGCAGAAGAGAAAGGCGACACUGGGGAGACUCAGAACGGCAGAGCUAAACGCUUGCUUGCAAAAGAUAACCUCUGCUAUAUUUUGGAUAAAUUCAGCAAGCCUUUUCACUGUGUGGCAAAAAACUGCGAGGCUGCUUUCUCUGCCCAAGGGGGGCUAGUGCGUCACCUUCAAAUGGUCCAUCAUUACAACAAAUCCCAGCUUAUAUUGGAAAGCGAAUGUGACGAGGGAAGUUCUGAGGUGAAGGACAAAAAGAGGCCCGCACCAAAUUCAGAUGAGCCCCAGCCACAGUACAAAUGUCACUUUGCGAACUGCCACAUGUCCUACCACCUGAAAAGCAGCUUGGCUCGUCACACAAGAGACUGCCACUCGCAACCGGAAGUGACACCCAAAAACGAAAACAGCACAGCCACAGCCCCUGAUGAGGAUGUAACCGAGAAACCUCAGCGUAACGACCACUGUCAAUAUUUCAAAUCUAUGCGCAGAAGCUCCAGAUGUCAGAGGAAACCUGUCGCCAAUAGUAGCCCUCAGAGGCAAGAUCCAGAUCCACAAAACGUUCAAAGUGCUCAGGCAAGUUCCAACACAGAACAAACACAGAAGAUAAAUCAAAAAGAACAAAAUGAAAAUACAAAACAAAAGGGCAAAGUUCCUUUUGUCUUAAAGUCACAGGAAGAGGCCUUGCAAAUGUGCCAAGACUUCUUCCAUGCCGAGGCUUUUCCCUGCAUGAUUCACGCCUGUGACCGUGUGGUUGGUUACCGAUCGAGCCUACGCCGACAUUAUCUACUCGUACAUGAACUGUGCAUCGAUAAAUAUGAAAACGCAGAAAAGGAGCUUCUUUUAAACGCAGAGGAGCUGGAGGUGGCGAUUCAGAGAAAGUCUGUAAGACCCACAAGAGCACCUAGUCCUAAUGCAGUUCGCAAAAUGGAGUACCAGACAGAGCCAGACCACCCAGGGGAGCAGCCUGCACCCGUGAGCUUACAUUGUAUCAGGACAGGGACGCCAGACGAGACCCCUCCAGACUCAAUGGGAUUCCCCAAAGUACAGGAGGAGCAGCCAUCUGUCGAAAGGAACAGUAUACUAGUGGGCGCAGACGACGUGCUCUAUGGAGAACCCAGCACUGAUGAACACGCUAAGGAAACAGCAUCUGCAUAUCUUUCUUACAGACAGAGAAAAAUGUACAGACUGACCACACAUGUGCCACAAGAACUUGGGAAAAUUAUGGAUUCUGAAACGUUUGAGAAAUCUCGUCUUUACCAACUGGAUAAAAGUAACUUUGGCUUUUGGUCUGGGCUCUAUUCUGAGACUGAGGGAACGCUCAUCCUGCUUUUGGGAGGAAUCCCCUUUAUGUGGGCCCUGGCUGGAUCUGUCAUCACCCGCUUUGGACUUGGACCAGAGUACGAGAUCACCCAGUCACUUGUUUUCCUGAUUCUUGCUACAAUAUUCAGUGCUGUUACUGGACUUCCCUGGAGCUUGUAUAGCACAUUUGUCAUUGAGGAGAAACAUGGCUUUAACCAGCAGACGUUGGCGUUCUUUUUCAAGGAUGCUGUCAAGAAGUUUUUUGUUACCCAGUGUAUCCUGAUUCCAGUGACCUCACUUCUGUUGUACAUCAUAAAGAUUGGUGGAGACUACUUUUUUAUUUAUGCCUGGUUAUUUACCUUUGGUGUUUCCCUGAUCCUUGUAACCAUUUAUGCCGAUUAUAUUGCUCCAUUGUUUGACAAGUUCACUCCUCUACCUGAAGGGGAGCUGAAGAAUGACAUUGAAUCUAUGGCCAAAAGUAUCAGCUUCCCUCUCACCAAGGUCUAUGUUGUUGAAGGUUCUAAGCGGUCGUCCCAUAGCAACGCUUAUUUCUAUGGCUUUUUCAAGAACAAACGUAUUGUGCUGUUUGAUACGUUGCUGGAAGACUACUCCCCCCUCAAUAAAUCUGAAGAAUCUGAGACUGAACCCGCAGAAACGAAUGAAGAAGACACAAAAGCAAAGCCGAAGAACAAAAAACAAGGUUGCAACAACUCUGAGAUCCUUGCUGUUUUGGGCCAUGAGCUUGGUCACUGGAAGCUGGGCCACACUGUCAAAAAUAUAGUUAUCAGUCAGAUUAAUUCCUUCUUGUGCUUUUCAUUGUUUGCGGUCAUGAUUGGGAGAAAGGAACUGUUUGUAGCUUUUGGCUUCACUGACUCUCAGCCCACAUUGAUAGGCUUGAUGAUUAUCUUCCAGUUCAUCUUUUCUCCGUACAACGAGCUCCUGUCCUUCUGCUUGACCGUGCUGAGCCGUCGAUUCGAGUUCCAGGCCGACGCUUUUGCCCGGAACAUGGGUAAAACCACUGAGCUCUACUCGGCUCUCAUCAAGCUGAACAAGGACAACCUGGGCUUCCCCGUGGCGGACUGGUUAUACUCCAUGUGGCACUACUCUCACCCACCUCUCCUGGAGCGACUCCGAGCUUUGGGCAGUGUCAAACAGGACUGA